GAUGAGGGGCUUAAUAGCAAUUAGCCCUUUCUCUAGCCCAUCAUCUUACUAUAAAUUAAACUAGGGUUUCACUUCUAGUCUUCGACUCAUCCGACUGCUGAACUUUCAAACCAACACCAACCGAAUAUCUCGAUAAUCAGAAAUGGCGCCUACAUUCUAUGUUGGUUCUGAAGCUGGUCUAAAGAAGCUCGAUGAGUACCUUUUGUCCCGUAGUUACAUCACCGGGUACCAAGCUUCAAAGGAUGACCUCACUGUUCAUUCUGCUUUCACAAAACCUCCAUCACCACAAUAUGUGAAUGUAUCUCGUUGGUUCAACCACAUCGAGGCACUUCUAAGAAUCUCAGGUGUCUCUGCUGAAGGAAGCGGUGUUACUGUAGAAGGAUCUGCUACAUUCGCGGAAGAGGCUAUUGCAACUCCUCCGGUUGCUGAGACCAAGGCUGCAGCUGACGAGGAUGAUGAUAGUGAUGUGGAUCUUUUUGGUGAAGAGACCGAAGAGGAAAAGAAGGCUGCUGAAGAUCGUGCAGCUGCAGUGAAAGCAUCUGGAAAAAAGAAAGAAUCUGGCAAGUCUUCAGUUUUGAUGGAUAUUAAGCCUUGGGAUGAUGAGACCGAUAUGCAAAAGCUUGAGGAGGCUGUUAGAAGUGUGCACAUGGAAGGCUUGUUGUGGGGCGCAUCAAAAUUGGUGCCAGUAGGGUAUGGUAUCAAGAAGCUACAGAUCAUGUUGACUAUUGUCGAUGACUUGGUGUCUGUUGACACGCUUAUUGAAGAACGCCUUACCGUGGAACCAAUUAACGAGUAUGUCCAGAGUUGUGAUAUUGUUGCCUUCAACAAGAUCUAGUUUAUCAACAUCUGUACUACGACGCAGUUUCUGUGGUUUUAUGGUCUUGUUUCAAUCAUUGCUGUGUUGAUGUUCAGUUAGCGACUGAUUUUAUGUCCGAUUAUGUAUGUUCGGAUUUUUAAGUGGUUUUGGUAAUUGGCAUGAAUCAUUUCGUCAGAAAAAAAAACUAAUUCCAGUGACAACUUGUUACCUUGCUUUGAUCGGACAAGGAGGUCAACCAAUUUAGUUAAAACAGAUGCAUUUAGUUCUC